AUGAUUAACAACAGCGACAGUGAUGAUAGUGCAGGUGAAACCUUACGUAAGAUUUCACCUUCACUAUCAUCACUGUCGUAUGAUGUAACACGUCCAUGGUGGAUAAAAGAAAGGAUUAAUUAUUUUUAUGACUAUGAUGACGAAGAUUUUAGGAUAAGAUUUCGGUUAUCUAAAGCAGCAGCUCAUAAUCCUUUAAUCAAAAUUGAAGACCAUUUGGAAUUUAUAUCUGAGAGGAAUCAAUCAAUUUCUCCGAUCAAUCAGCUUUUGACAACAUUAAGAUUUUAUGCUACGAAUAAUUCACAAUUAAUGAUCAGUGAUUUUAGUGGACUCAGCACACCUACAACACAAAAAAUAAUACAUAAAGCUAGUGCUGCCAUAGCGUCAUUGAACCACGAGUACAUAAAUUUUCCGAAUACUCAACAGGAAAUUCUUCGAAAUCAAAGGGAGUUUUAUGGUAUAGCAAGAUUCCCUAGAGUUAUAGGGACAAUGGACUGCACACAUGUCAGAAUUUCUUCACCCGGGGUUGAUCAGGCAGAACUGUUUAGAAUCCGAAAAGACUAUUUUUCUAUUAAUGUCCAGACUAUAUGUAAUGCAAAUUUGGAAAUUAUUGAUAUUGUCGCUAGAUGGCCUGGUUCAGCACAUGACAGUACUAUAUUUAAUAAUUGCUGCCGUAAAGCAAAAUUUGAAGCUGGUGAUUAUGGUGAAGGAAUUUUUCUUUUAGAUGGUAGAUAUGCUGCUACAUCUUAUUCUAUGCCCCCACUAGAGAAUCCUGGAACAGCAGUAGAGCAACUGUAUAACGAGUCGCAGAUCAGGCAAGAAACUAAGAUCUUAUGGGGUUUGAAAACGAAGAUUUCCAGUACUAGAUUUAGGGCUACGAGUUAA